AUGCAUCCGCCCACCGAAAAUAAGAUUGGAAUCUUUGGUGCUGUCAGUUAUACGGCGGGCACGAUCGUCGGUUCUGGCAUCUUUGUCUCCCCAAAAGGAAUCCUGGAGCAUGCCGGCUCUAUCGGGCUCUCACUUGUCAUCUGGCUAGCCUGCUGUGUCAUUGCGAUGUUGUCUGGAUUGGUCUACAUCGAGCUAGCGACUUCAAUCCCUGAGUCCGGUUCCGAUUUCGCGUAUAUAAAUUAUGUCAAAUGGAAACCGCUGGCUUUCGCGUUUCUUUGGCUAUCAAAUUUGAUUGAAGCGUCCUGCAGCUGUGCAAUUCUAUUUUUCACCUUUGGCGAAUACAUUGUCGAGGCGUUGGAUCCACUGGAUUUGGAUUUAAGUGAUGAGGGGAGGCGAAGAAUUGAGCAAUUUUCCGGAUUUGCAUUACUUUGGCUCCUCAUGUGGGCUAAUUUCUUCUCUCUCAAUCGCUGGGCCUCCCGGAUUCAAAUCGGCAUCACGCUGGCCAAAUUAGUUUCCGUGUCCAUCAUUAUCGUCACCGGGUUCUACUUUUUGAUCUUUAAAGGGAAAACAGAGCAUUUUGAAAAAGACGUCGUUUGGAAGGGAACGCAGAAGAAUCCGGGGGAAAUUGUGUUGGCUAUUUAUUCGGGUAUUUGGGCGUAUGCCGGCUAUGAUACGCUGAAUUACGGGACGGAAGAUGUGGACCCGAAACAUUUGAAAAGAAUCAUGCCAAUAUCCGUCGUCGGCGGCCUAGCCGUCGUCACGGUCAUCUACAUGCUCACCAACAUUGCCUACUUCACCAUCCUGCUCCCAGAAGACAUUCUCGAUUCGAGUGCCGUGGCUACGACAUUCAGCCGUCGUACCCUCGGCAAUUUCUACUAUGCCAUGCCCGCGAUAGUGGCCAUUCUGAUGACGGGCACGUUGAAUUCUGAUUUGUUUUCGUGGAGUAGGUUUAUUCUGGCCGGGGCCCGGGCCAAAAUGAUGCCAACAUUUCUCGCGCUUGUCCAUGCCGACAAUGAAUCCCCCAGGACAGGCCUACUUUUCCACGUCCUCGCAGCGAUGGCGUUCUCUUUCGUCGGUCCCAUCGACACACUAAUGAAAUAUUUGGUGGUGACAGGUAUGCUUCGCCAAGCGACUACGGUAGCUGCGUUGCUAUAUAUCAGAUGGAAGGGGCUACCGGUCAGCUCCAGCGCAUUACGGCUGCCAAUUAUCAUCCCGAUCCUCGUGUUGAUCAUCUCCAUCUCGCUGGUCGUCGUGCCGGCCGUGCAGGACCCGUGGGCAACGCUUGUUGGCUUUGGAUUAUUAGGGGGCUUCCUCUUUAUCUAUUUCCUCUACAAAUAUCUAUUCAAAUUUGUCUGGCCGGAGGCUGAAUGGAGAUUUCUGAAGCGAAUCGACGCCUCAACUACCGUAUUGUUUCAACGCCUCUUUAUGUCAAUCGUCGACGAACCGCCUAAAAUCGAUUACGGUCUCGAAAAUGCAAAAACAAAAUUA